AUGAAGUUGUCGAUCAUUGAAAGAUUAUUGUUACAGUCUCGCACGUUAUCACAGUGUACGAUAGUUCCCCUCGUUGCAUUGUUUGUAAAACUUCCAUGCAAACACGGAAAUUGCCAUCAGACAUGCGUUGUUUGCGGCGCUGCUGUGCUAUUGGGUGUAGCUGUACUGCUAGACGGCGGAGUUACACUUGAAGAUGUGCUGGGUUUAACUGUCGUAGUUGUUGGCGGUGCAGCAGUUGUUACAGUUUUGAUAGUAGAACUGUUUGUGGUGGUAACAGGUGGAAUAAUAGUGGUAGGAAGAGUAGUAGUAGAAAUAGUAGGGUUGGUAGAAAUUGUAGUCGAAACAGAAAAAUUUGUGGUGACAUUCGGUUCGGAUUUGGAGCGACAGGAGUUGAUGUCGCCUUUACUGCUGCACCUGAACAUACAGAGGAUCCAUACAUUGUUUCUUUCUCCCUUCCGUGAGCGGCGCGUGUGUAUGUGGCGUGCGUGCGUGUGUGCUUGUCGUUGUCGUCGUCCGCCUGCUCGCCCGCCCCGCGGUCGUCAUCGUCCUCGUCGGCGUCGUCGUCGACGUUGUCAUCAUUAUCAUCAUCCUCAUCAUCAUCAUCAUCAUCAUCAUCGUCGUCGUCGUCAACAUUAUCAUCAUCAUCAUCAUCAUCAUCAUCAUCAUCAUCAUUGUCGUGCUGGUGGUGGUGUCGAGUGUCCCGCGCGCGCGCGUGUGUGUCUGUCUUGGCCGAAAUACGUCAGUGCUCGCGUGAAUGAGAGAGAAGGAAGGGGCAGGGCUGCUAGUCACCCCGAGAUCGCCGAGACGAACGUCGUCGUCGUCGUCGCGCGACCCGACGACGUUCACGUCCAACGGACGGCUAGAUCGCAGCCCGUGAAAGCGCGACACGGCGACAUGACGACGGCGAGGGGUGGUGUCGUCGUCGGCGGCGUGACGACGUCGUCGACGGCGUCGUUGUCGUCGUCGUCGUCGUCGUCGUCAUCGUCGUCGUCGUCGUCGUCGUCGUCGUCGUCGUCGUCGUCGCCGUCGUCGUCGUCGUCGUCGUCGUCGUCGUCGUCGUCGUCGUCGUCGUCGUCGUCGUCGCUGGCAACGUCGUCGUCGUGGCCGACGGCGCCGACGCUCGCGAGCGUGUUCGCGCCGUUUCGCCGUCUGCUCGCGAGCACCCUGCUACUGCUGUUACUGAUGUCGACGCACCCUGGGCCCGCCUUGGCCUCGUGCCGAUGGAGCAACGAGGCCGGGAACGACACCCGCUCGGCGGACUGCGCCCUCCGCGUCUUGGACCCCGCCGCGAUCGUUGCCCUCGCACCGUCGCUCGACGGCGCGCUCCGCUUGCGUAUACGCUGCAGCGACGUGCACCACUUCGAGAGCAGCUUGAACGCGCAGAGCUGGCAGCGACUGGUCGGCCUGCACGAGCUGCACGUGCACGGCUGUAAGGUGCUGCGCGUGCCGGAGGGUGCGUUCCAGCCGUUGCUGGAGCUCAAGCGGCUGGUGCUGCAGACCUUCAACGCCGCGUGGGGCGCCGGCAGGCACCUGGACUUCGCCCCGCGCUCGUUCCUCGGCCUCCGCGAACUGCACACCCUGGAGAUCGUCGAGAGCAACGUGCUGGCGCUGCCGGCGGACUUGCUCUGCGAGCUGGACAACCUGCAGAGCCUGAAUCUCACCGGGAACCGUAUCCGCGACGUCGACGACAUCGGUCUGACGGCGCGCGCCGUCGACGGCGAGUCGUGUCGCGCCGACAUACGCAUCCUCGACCUGUCGCGCAACGAGCUGCAGCGGCUGUCGGAGGACGGGCCGCUGGUUGGCCUGCGGCAGCUGCAGGAGCUCUACCUGCAGCGCAACGCGAUCGUCCGGAUCGAGGCGAACGCGCUGAACGGCCUGACGGUGCUGCGCACCUUCAACGCCAGCUACAACGGCCUGGACACGCUGCCGGAGGGUCUGUUCGUCAGCACCCGCGACCUACGGGAGAUCCACCUGGCGUACAACGGCCUGCGCGACCUGCCGCGCGACGUCUUCACCAAUCUCGAGCAGCUGCUGGUGUUGAACCUCGCCAACAACCGGCUCGGCAGCGACCACGUCGACGACGCCACCUUCCUCGGCCUGAUCCGCCUGAUCGUGCUCGACCUGUCGUACAAUCAGCUGACGCACAUCGACGCCCGCAUGUUCAAGGACCUGUACUUCCUGCAGAUCCUCGAUCUGCGCAACAACUCGAUCGACCGGAUCGAGAGCAACGCCUUCCUGCCGCUCUACAAUCUCCACACUCUCGAGCUGUCCGACAACAGGCUGCACACCGUGGGAGCGCAGCUCUUCAACGGCCUGUUCGUGCUGAACCGCCUGAGCCUGUCGGGCAACGCGAUCGCCAGCGUCGACCCGAUGGCGUUCCGCAACUGCUCCGACCUGAAGGAGCUCGAUCUCAGCAGCAACGAGCUCGCCGCGGUGCCGGACGCGUUGCGCGACCUCGCCUUCCUCAAGACCCUCGACCUCGGCGAGAAUCGCAUCAGCGAGUUCCACAACGGCUCCUUCCGCAACCUCCAUCAGCUCACGGGCCUCCGUCUCAUCGGCAACGACAUCGGCAAUCUGUCGCGCGGCAUGCUCUGGGACCUGCCGAACCUGCAGAUCCUCAAUCUCGCCCGUAACAAGGUGCAACACGUGGAGCGGCACUCGUUCGAGCGGAACAUCCGGCUCGAGGCGAUCCGGCUCGACGGCAAUUUCCUGUCGGACAUCAACGGCGUCUUCACCAGCGUCAGCAGCCUGCUGCUGCUCAACCUGUCGGAGAAUCACAUCGAGUGGUUCGACUACGCCUUCAUACCGGGCAACCUCAAGUGGCUCGACAUCCACGGCAACUUCAUCGAGAGCCUCGGCAACUACUACAAGAUCCGCGACUCCAAGGUGAAGACCCUGGACGCCAGCCACAAUCGCAUCACCGAGCUGUCGCCGUUGUCCGUGCCGGACAGCGUGGAGCUGUUGUUCAUCAACAACAACUACAUCACCAUCGUGCGGCCGAACACAUUCGCCGACAAGGUGAACCUCACGCGGGUCGACAUGUACGCGAACAUGAUCGAGACGAUGGAGCUGACGUCGCUGUUGCUGACCAAGGUGCCGGACAGCAAGCCCCUGCCGGAGUUCUACAUCGGCGGCAACCCCUUCAACUGCAACUGCUCCAUGGACUGGCUGCCGGCCAUCAACAAUCAGACCUCCACGAGGGAGUACCCGCGCGUCAUGGACCUGGACAACGCGAUGUGCCGCACCUCGGGCCCCCGCGGAGUCGCCAUCGUCACCGCGUCGAGCGCGCGUUCCGAGCAGUUCCUCUGCCGCUACGAGGCGCACUGCUUCGCCCUCUGCCACUGCUGCGACUUCGACGCUUGCGACUGCGAGAUGACCUGCCCGGCCGGCUGCAAGUGUUACAACGACCGCACGUGGAACACGAACGCGGUGGACUGCUCGGGGCUCAGGGCCGAGGAGAUCCCGCGCAGGAUACCGAUGGACGCCACCGAGGUCUACCUGGACGGCAACGUGCUGCGGGAGCUGCAGAACCACGUGUUCAUCGGCCGGAAGAACAUGCGCGUGCUGUACGUGAACGCGAGCGGCAUCGAGUCCAUCCAGAACCGCACGUUCAACGGCCUCAACAAUCUGCAGAUCCUGCACCUCGAGGACAACCGCAUCCGCGAGCUCAAGGGCUUCGAGUUCGAGCGGCUGUCGCAUCUGCGCGAGCUCUACCUGCAGAACAACGCGAUCGGCUUCAUCGGCAAUCUCACGUUCCUGCCGCUGCGGUCCCUCGAGAUCCUGCGGCUGCACGGCAACCGGCUGGUCACCUUUCCCGUGUGGCAAGUCACGCUGAACGCCCGGCUGGUCGAGCUGUCGCUCGGCGGCAACCCGUGGUCCUGCCGCUGCAAGUUCCUGCAGGAGCUCUCCUCCUGGGUGUCGGACAACGCGCACAAGGUGAUCGACGCCGGCGACGUGUGGUGUUACUACGGCGGCGACGCCAGGCCGGCCUACCGACGUCGCCUCAACGUCAACGAGACCGCCUGCUCCGACUACUUCGCCCAGGGCGGUGUCAUCGAGAGUAUCAUGGUGUCGGACUAUCUGCCGCUGGUGGCGGCGACGCUCUCGGCCAUUCUCGUUCUCCUGGUCAUCAUAGUGCUGGCCUUUGUGUUCCGCGAGCCGGUCGGCGCGUGGGCCUACUCCAAGUACGGCCUGCGGUUCCUCCGCGCGAAACCCGGCAAGGCCGCGACCACGGCGACCAUGAGCGCCGGCUCGGCCAUGGCCGGCUGCUGCGACGUCGAGCGCGAUCGCCUCUACGACUGCUACGUGUGCUACAGCCCGAACGACGAGGACUUUGUGCUGCACUCGUUGGCGGUCGAGUUGGAGCACGGCCCGGCCGGCCUGCGGCUCUGUCUUCAUCACCGCGACCUACCAUGCGUGUUGCGCGCCUCCGCGCCCGCGCCGGCCGUCCUCGAGGCCGUGGACGCGUCCAGGCGCGUGCUGAUCGUGCUGACCCGCGACUUCCUGCAGACCGAGUGGUCGCGCUUCGAGUUCCGCGCGGCCUUGCACGAGGCCCUGCGCGGCCGUGCCUCCCAGCUCGUCAUCGUCCAGGCCGGCCGACACGUCGGCGUCGAGGUGGAACGCGACCCCGAGCUGAGACCUUACCUGAGAUCAGCGGCGCUCAUACUCACGUGGGGCGAGAAGAGGUUCUGGGAGCGGCUGAGGUACGGGAUUCCGCCGUCCGUCACCGCCAGCAUCACCACCACCGCCACCAGCAACACCACCGCCACCGUCGGCGGCGGCGGCGGCGGCGGCGACGUCUCCAUCGAGAGCAAGUCCUCGCCGCUGGUCUACAAGCGCAACAUCAACACCUACACGCUGGACAGCGGCGUCGGCGUCGGGAUCGGCGGCGAGAAGACCGGCAUGUCGACGUUGCGCGGUGGUCAGCGCGCGGCGCUCUUCAAGGACGCGUCGUCGGCGCUGAUGCUGCAACACGCGCCACCCGCGUACUCGUGCGGCGCGAUACCGGUGUUGCCGCAGCAGCAUCAGCAUCAGCAUCAGCAGCAACAGCAACAAACUCUGCCGCCGCCGCCGUCGUCGCCGGCGCAACCGAGGCUGACCGUCAAUCACGCUUACCGGGACGCAGUCUCCGGCGUGCCAUCCGGUAAUCUCAUCACGACCGCCACCGCCGCCGCCGCCGCCGCCGCCGCCGCCGCUGCCGCCGCCGCCACCACCACCGUCAAUUGCGGCCUCGGCGAGGAUCACAGGAGACCGCUUUCGGAGCACAUCUACUCGUCCAUCGACUCGGACUACUCCACCCUGGAGAGAACCGCCUGGAGGCAGCAGCAACAGCAGCAACAACCGCCGCCACCGCCGCCCCCGCCCUCCUCCGGACAAGCCUACCUGGUUUAGCUCCUCGCGACCGUCACCCUUGGUGUUCCCGCGGUGGCGACAACGCCGCUACGUCCAAGAAGAAGAAGAAAAAGAAGAAGAAGAAGCCGGGACUGUGAUACCAUCGGCUCGAACGCGCCAGCGACGAGCGCCGGUGGUAGCUCGCGCUCGAAAGGUUGUGCUCGAUCUCGCAGUGCUGCUCGUCCGCGGGCUCGGUCGCGACGACGACGACGACGACCACCAGGUGGUGGUCGUCGUCGCCGCCGCGAAACGACCGAGCCGCGCAGCCACGCGAGACUACGCGUGUAUAUAGUUGAGAGACGUCGUCGCGAAGGGAGAGGGACUGAGUGCUCGCGUGUCACAAUUGUCAUCUCCGGAGACUACGAGGAUGCCAGUCGCGUUACGUGUCGCAAGUCGUCCGCGAGCGACCGCUCGGCUCGACGGUACGCGACGAUCUUUCUUCAUCUUCGUCUCGUUCCGCUGCUUCUUUUCCGUCGCCGGGAUGUGAUCGACGCCGCUUCUCCCUCGUUUACCCUCUCGCCUUGCUUAUUCCUUACUUCUCAUUUCCCUUUUAUUAUUAUUAUUCUCCUCCUCCUCCUCCUCCUCCUCCUCCUCC